AUGUUCAGAGAUAGGACGAACUUAUUUAUAUCAUAUCGUCGUACGUUUCCCAGUUUUGGGGAUUCGUUGAUGUCAACUGAACCAUAUCCGAAGAAUAAUGAUACUUUUCUAGAGGAUGAGAUAGAAAUGGAAAGUUACCCAAUGAUGAAUGAAGACAAUAAUGUUUCCCAAGGAAAGGACGGUACAUUAAGGACACAAGGACUUAACACAUUACCGCCCUUAUUUGUAGAUAUAGCGAGAGAUAUAGACGAAUACCUUCACGAAAUAGAGACAUUCUUGGAGCAUCUUAUGAAACUUUAUAGAAAGAAUUCAUUACCAGGAUUUGAAGAUAAAACUCCAGAUGAACAAGAAAUUGAGAAAAUUAGCCUUGAUAUUUUACAAUUAUUCCAAAGAAGUUAUAAUGUGAUGAAGAAAUUAGAAGUAAUACAUGAAGAACAAUUUUUAGAGGGAAGACAAUUGAAUAAAGGAGAAUUAAUGAUUCUCGAUAAUAUGACAAAGGAUUAUGCUCAAAAGAUUCAAUGGGAGAGUAAUAAAUUUAGAGUUCUUCAGAAUAAUUAUUUGAAAUUUUUAAAUAAGGAUGAUUUGAAACCUAUAAUUCCUAAAAAUGCUUCCGAUUCAUCGCAAUUAUUACUUCAAGAGGAAGAAGAAAAGGGUAAAAAUGGAUUAAGCAAUGAAAUCGACGAAUACUCAAUGAAGACUCUACAAAAUCAGCAACAAAAAGCCAAAAAUUCGAACCAAAAAUUCUUGGAACAAAGGGAUCAGGAGAUAACUGAAUUAACAAAAGGUAUAUAUGAAGUAGGUACAAUUUUCCGAGAGAUGCAGAAUUUGAUUAUUGAUCAAGGGACAAUUGUAGAUAGAAUUGAUUACAAUUUAGAAAAUACUGUAGUGGAAUUAAAACAAGCAAAUAGAGAAUUAGAAGGGGCAACUCGUUAUCAAAAACGUACCCAAAAAUGUAAAAUUAUUCUUCUACUUACAUUAUGUGUGAUAGCAUUAUUUUUCUUUGUCAUGUUAAAACCCAGUAAUAGUACAAAGUCAGUUAAAUAUGAACCAAACCCAAAUACAAACUCAAAUACCGGGGCUUUAGAUGAUCAAGACAAUGGAUCUCAUAAAGUUGAGAAACCAAAAGAUGAACCAGAACAUAAAAUAUCCAAUAAUGGUGCUGCAUUACUUGAAGAUGAAAUGAAAAUACGUAUUUUAUAA